AUGGACCGGUUGGACCAACUGGCCUGUUGGUCCGAUGGACCGGUUGGAACCAUCUGGCCUGUUGGUCCGAUGGACCGGUUGGACCAACUGGCCUGUUGGUCCGAUGGACCGGUUGGACCAAUCUGGCCUGUUGGUCCGAUGGACCGGUUGGACCAACUGGCCUGUUGGUCCGAUGGACCGGUUGGACCAACUGGCCUGUUGGUCCGAUGGACCGGUUGGACCAACUGGCCUGUUGGUCCGAUGGACCGGUUGGACCAACUGGCCUGUUGGUCCGAUGGACCGGUUGGACCAACUGGCCUGUUGGUCCGAUGGACCGGUUGGACCAACUGGCCUGUUGGUCCGAUGGACCGGUUGGACCAACUGGCCUGUUGGUCCGAUGGACCGGUUGGACCAACUGGCCUGUUGGUCCGAUGGACCGGUUGGACCAACUGGCCUGUUGGUCCGAUGGACCGGUUGGACCAACUGGCCUGUUGGUCCGAUGGACCGGUUGGACCAACUGGCCUGUUGGUCCGAUGGACCGGUUGGACCAACUGGCCUGUUGGUCCGAUGGACCGGUUGGACCAACUGGCCUGUUGGUCCGAUGGACCGGUUGGACCAACUGGCCUGUUGGUCCGAUGGACCGGUUGGACCAACUGGCCUGUUGGUCCGAUGGACCGGUUGGACCAACUGGCCUGUUGGUCCGAUGGACCGGUUGGACCAACUGGCCUGUUGGUCCGAUGGACCGGUUGGACCAACUGGCCUGUUGGUCCGAUGGACCGGUUGGACCAACUGGCCUGUUGGUCCGAUGGACCGGUUGGACCAACUGGCCUGUUGGUCCGAUGGACCGGUUGGACCAACUGGCCUGUUGGUCCGAUGGACCGGUUGGACCAACUGGCCUGUUGGUCCGAUGGACCGGUUGGACCAACUGGCCUGUUGGUCCGAUGGACCGGUUGGACCAACUGGCCUGUUGGUCCGAUGGACCGGUUGGACCAACUGGCCUGUUGGUCCGAUGGACCGGUUGGACCAACUGGCCUGUUGGUCCGAUGGACCGGUUGGACCAACUGGCCUGUUGGUCCGAUGGACCGGUUGGACCAACUGGCCUGUUGGUCCGAUGGACCGGUUGGACCAACUGGCCUGUUGGUCCGAUGGACCGGUUGGACCAACUGGCCUGUUGGUCCGAUGGACCGGUUGGACCACUGGCCUGUUGGUCCGAUGGACGCGGUUGGACCAUACUGGCCUGUUGGUCCGAUGGACCGGUUGGACCAACUGGCCUGUUGGUCCGAUGGACCGAUUGGACCAACUGCCUGUUGGUCCAAUGGACCGGUUGGACCAACUGGCCUGUUGGCCGAUGGACCGGAUUGGACCAACUGGCCUGUUGGUCCGAUGGACCGGUUGGACCAUCUGGCCUGUUGGUCCGAUGGACCGGUUGGACCAACUGGCCUGUUGGUCCGAUGGACCGGUUGGACCCAACUGGCCUGUUGGUCCGAUGGACCGGUUGGACCAACUGGCCUGUUGGUCCGAUGGACCGUUGGACCAACUGGCCUGUUGGUCCGAUGGACCGUUGGACCAACUGGCCUGUUGGUCCGAUGGACCGGUUGGACCACUGGCCUGUUGGUCCGAUGGACCGGUUGGACCAACUGGCCUGUUGGUCCGAUGGACCGGUUGGACCAACUGGCCUGUUGGUCCGAUGGACCGGUUGGACCAACUGGCCUGUUGGUCCGAUGGACCGGUUGGACCAACUGGCCUGUUGGUCCGAUGGACCGGUUGGAUCAUGGUUGGACCAACUGGCCUGUUGGUCCGAUGGACCGGUUGGACCAACUGGCCUGUUGGUCCGAUGGACCGGUUGGACCAACUGGCCUGUUGGUCCGAUGGACCGGUUGGACCAACUGGCCUGUUGGUCCGAUGGACCGGUUGGACCAACUGGCCUGUUGGUCCGAUGGACCGGUUGGACCAACUGGCCUGUUGGUCCGAUGGACCGGUUGGACCAACUGGCCUGUUGGUCCGAUGGACCGGUUGGACCAACUGGCCUGUUGGUCCGAUGGACCGGUUGGACCAACUGGCCUGUUGGUCCGAUGGACCGGUUGGACCAACUGGCCUGUUGGUCCGAUGGACCGGUUGGACCAACUGGCCUGUUGGUCCGAUGGACCGGUUGGACCAACUGGCCUGUUGGUCCGAUGGACCGGUUGGACCAACUGGCCUGUUGGUCCGAUGGACCGGUUGGACCAACUGGCCUGUUGGUCCGAUGGACCGGUUGGACCAACUGGCCUGUUGGUCCGAUGGACCGGUUGGACCAACUGGCCUGUUGGUCCGAUGGACCGGUUGGACCAACUGGCCUGUUGGUCCGAAUGGACCAGGUUGGACCAACUGGCCUGUUGGUCCGAUGGACCGGUUGGACCAACUAGGCCUGUUGGUCCGAUGGAACCGGUUGGACCAACUGGCCUGUUGGUCCGAUGGACCGGUUGGGACCAACUGGCCUGUUGGUCCGAUGGACCGGUUGGACCAACUGGCCUGUUGGUCCGAUGGACCGGUUGGACCAACUGCCUGUUGGUCCGAUGGACCGGUUGGACCAACUGGCCUGUUGGUCCGAUGGACCGGUUGACCAACUGGCCUGUUGGUCCGAUGGACCGGUUGACCAACUGGCCUGUUGGUCCGAUGGACCGGUUGGACCAACUGGCCUGUUGGUCCGAUGGACCGGUUGGACCAACCUGGCCUGUUGGUCCGAUGGACCGUUGGACCAACUGGCCUGUUGGUCCGAUGGACCGGUUGGACCAACUGGCCUGUUGGUCCGAUGGACCGGUUGGACCAACUGCCUGUUGUCCGAUGGACCGGUUGGAACCAACUGGCCUGUUGGUCCGAUGGACCGGUUGGACCAACUGGCCUGUUGGUCCGAUGGACCGGUUGGACCAACUGGCCUGUUGGUCCGAUGGACCGGUUGGACCAACUGGCCUGUGGUCCGAUGGACCGGUUUGGACCAACUGGCCUGUUGGUCCGAUGGACCGGUUGGACCAACUGGCCUGUUGGUCCGAUGGACCGGUUGGACCAACUGGCCUGUUGGUCCGAUGGACCGGUUGGACAACUGGCCUGUUGGUCCGAUGGACCGGUUGGACCAACUGGCCUGUUGGUCCGAUGGACCGGUUGGACCAACUGGCCUGUUGGUCCGAUGGACCGGUUGGGACCAACUGGCCUGUUGGUCCGAUGGACCGGUUGGACCAUACUGGCCUGUUGGUCCGAUGGACCGGUUGGACCAACUGGCCUGUUGGUCCGAUGGACCGGUUGGUACCAACUGGCCUGUUGGUCCGAUGGACCGGUUGGACCAACUGGCCUGUUGGUCCGAUGGACCGGUUGGACCAAGCUGGCCUGUUGGUCCGAUGGACCGGUUGGACCAACGGCUUGGUCCAUGACCCAACUGGCCUUUGGUCCAGACUAGGACCGGAUUGGACCAACUGGCCUGUUGGUCCGAUGGACCGGCUUGGACCAACUGGCCUGUUGGUCCAAUGGACCGGUUGGACCAACUGGCCUGUUGGUCCGAUGGACCGGCUGGACCAACAGGCCUGUUGGUCCGAUGGACCGGUUGGACCAACAGGCCUGUUGGUCCGAUGGACCGGUUGGACCAACUGGCCUGUUGGUCCGAUGGACCGGCUGGACCAACUAGGCCUGUUGGUGCCGAUGGACCGGUUGGACCAACUGGCCUGUUGUCCGAUGGACCGGUUGGACCAACUGGCCUGUUGGUCCGAUGGACCGGUUGGACCAAACUGGCCUGUUGGUCCGAUGGACAGGUUGGACCAACUGGCCUGUUGGUCCGAUGGACCGGUUGGACCAACUGGCCUGUUGGUCCGAUGGACCGGUUGGACCAACUGGCCUGUUGGUCAAAUGGACCGGUUGGACCAACUGGCCUGUUGGUCCGAUGGACCGGUUGGACCAACUGGCCUGUUGGUCAGAUGGACCGGUUGGACCAACUGGCCUGUUGGUCAGAUGGACCGGAUGGACCAACUGGCCUGUUGGUCCCGAUGGACCGGUUGGACCAACUGGCCUGUUGGUCAGAUGGACCGGUUGGACCAACUGGCCUGUUGGUCCGAUGGACCUGGUUGGAACCAACUGGCCUGUUGGUCCGAUGGACCGGUUGGACCACUGGCCUGUUGGUCCGAUGGACCGGUUGGACCACUGGCCUGUUGGUCCGAUGGCCGGUUGGACAAACUGGCCUGUUGGUCCGAUGGACCGGUUGGACCAACUAGCCUGUUGGUCCGAUGGACCGUUUGGACCAACUGGCCUGUUGGUCCGAUGGACCGGUUGGACCAACUGGCCUGUUGGUCCGAUGGACCGGUUGACCAACUAGCCUGUUGGUUCCGAUUGGACCGUUGGACCAACUGGCCUGUUGGUCCAUGGACCGUUUGGACCAACUGGCCUGUUGGUCCGAUGGACCGGUUGGACCAACUGGCCUGUUGGUCCGAAUGGACCGGCUUGGACCCAACUGGCCUGUUGGUCCAGAUGGACCGGUUGGACCAACUGGCCUGUUGGUCCGAUGGACCGGUUGGACCAUCUGCCUGUUGGUCCGAUGGACCGGUUGGACCACUGGCCUGUUGGUCCGAUGUACCGGUUGGUCCAACUAGCCUGUUGGUCCGAUGGACCGGUUGGACCCCCCAACUGGCCUGUUGGUCAGAUGGACCGGUUGGACCAACUGGCCUGACCAACUGGCCUGGUUGUCCGAUGGACCGGUUGGACCAACUGGCCUGUUGGUCCGAUGGACCGGUUGGACCAACUAGGCCUGUUGGUCCGAUGGACCGGUUGGACCAACUAGGCCUGUUGGUCCGAUGGACCGGUUGGACCAAUCUGGCCUGUUGGUCCGAUGGACCGGUUGGACCAACUGGCCUGUUGGUCCGAUGGACCGGUUGGACCAACAGGCCUGUUGGUCCGAUGGACCGGGUUGGACCAACUGGCCUGUUGGCCUGUUGGUCCGAUGGACCGGUUGGACCAACUGGCCUGUUGGUCCGAUGGACCGGUUGGACCAACUGGCCUGUUGGUCCGAUGGACCGGUUGGACCAACUGGCCUGUUGGUCCGAUGGACCGGUUGGACCAACUGGCCUGUUGGUCCGAUGGACCGGUUGGACCAACUGGCCUGUUGGUCCGAUGGACCGGUUGGACCAACUGGCCUGUUGGUCCAGAUGGACCGGUGGACCAACUAGGCCUGUUGGUCCGAUGGACCGGUUGGACCAACUGGCCUGUUGGUCCGAUGGACCGGUUGGACCAACUGGCCUGUUGGUCCGAUGGACCGGUUGGACCAACUGGCCUGUUGGUCCGAUGGACCCGUUGGACCAACUGGCCUGUUGGUCAGAUGGACCGGUUGGACCAACUGGCCUGUUGGUCCGAUGGACCGGUUGGACCAACUGGCCUGUUGGUCCGAUGGACCGGUUGGACCAACUGGCCUGUUGGUCCGAUGGACCGGUUGGACCAACUGGCCUGUUGGUCCGAUGGACCGGUUGGACCAACUGGCCUGUUGGUCCGAUGGACCGGUUGGACCAACUAGGCCUGUUGGUCCGAUGGACCGGUUGGACCAACUGGCCUGUUGGUCCGAUGGACCGGUUGGACCAACUGGCCUGUUGGUCCGAUGGACCGGUUGGACCAACUGGCCUGUUGGUCCGAUGGACCGGUUGGACCAACUGGCCUGUUGGUCCGAUGGACCGGUUGGACCAACUGGCCUGUUGGUCCGAUGGACCGGUUGGACCAACUGGCCUGUUGGUCCGAUGGACCGGUUGGACCAACUGGCCUGUUGGUCCGAUGGACCGGUUGGACCAACUGGCCUGUUGGUCCGAUGGACCGGUUGGACCAACUGGCCUGUUGGUCCGAUGGACCGGUUGGACAACUAGGCCUGUUGGUCCGAUGGACCGGUUGGACCAACUGGCCUGUUGGUCCGAUGGACCGGUUGGACCAACUGGCCUGUUGGUCCGAUGGACCGGUUGGACCAACUGGCCUGUUGGUCCGAUGGACCGGUUGGACCAACUGGCCUGUUGGUCCGAUGGACCGGUUGGACCAACUGGCCUGUUGGUCCGAUGGACCGGUUGGACCAACUGGCCUGUUGGUCCGAUGGACCGGUUGGACCAACUGGCCUGUUGGUCAGAUGGACCGGUGGACCAACUGGCCUGUUGGUCCGAUGGACCGGUUGGACCAACUGGCCUGUUGGUCCGAUGGACCGGUUGGACCAACUGGCCUGUUGGUCCGAUGGACCGGUUGGACCAACUGGCCUGUUGGUCCGAUGGACCGGUUGGACCAACUGGCCUGUUGGUCCGAUGGACCGGUGGACCAACUGGCCUGUUGGUCCGAUGGACCGGUUGGACCAACUGGCCUGUUGGUCCGAUGGACCGGUUGGACCAACUGGCCUGUUGGUCCGAUGGACCGGUUGGACCAACUGGCCUGUUGGUCCCGAAUGGACCGGUAUGGACCAACUGGCCUGUUGGUCCGAAUGGACCGGUUGGACCAACUGGCCUGUUGGUCCGAUGGACCGGUUGGACCAACUGGCCUGUUGGUCCGAUGGACCGGUUGGACCAACUGGCCUGUUGGUCCGAUGGACCGGUUGGACCAACUAGGCCUGUUGGUCCGAUGGACCGAUUGGACCAACCUGGCCUGUUGGUCCGAUGGACCGGUGGACCAACUGGCCUGUUGGUCCGAUGGACCGGUUGGAUCCAACUAAGCUUGGUUGGUCGAUGGACCGGUUGGACCAACAGGCCUGUUGGUCCGAUGGACCGGUUGGACCAACUGGCUGUUGGUCCGAUGGACCGGUUGGACCAACUGGCCUGUUGGUCCAAUGGACCGGUUUGGCCACUGCUGUUGGUCCGAUGGAUCCGGUUGGACCAACUGGCCUGUUGGUCCGAUGGACCGGUUGGACAACUGGCCCCUGGCUUGGUCCGAUGGACCGGUUGGACCAACUGGCCUGUUGGUCCGAUGGACCGGUUGGACCAACUGGCCUGUUGGUCCGAUGGACCGGCUGGACCAACUGGCCUGUUGGUCCGAUGGACCGGUUGGACCAACUGGCCUGUUGGUCCGAUGGACCGGUUGGACCAACUGGCCUGUUGGUCCGAUGGACCGGUUGGACCAACUGGCCUGUUGGUCCGAUGGACCGGUUGGACCAACUGGCCUGUUGGUCCGAUGGACCGGUUGGACCAACUGGCCUGUUGGUCCGAUGGACCGGUUGGACCAACUGGCCUGUUGGUCCGAUGGACCGGUUGGACCAACUGGCCUGUUGGUCCGAUGGACCGGUUGGACCAACUGGCCUGUUGGUCCGAUGGACCGGUUGGACCAACUGGCCUGUUGGUCCGAUGGACCGGUUGGACCAACUGGCCUGUUGGUCCGAUGGACCGGUUGGACCAACUGGCCUGUUGGUCCGAUGGACCGGUUGGACCAACUGGCCUGUUGGUCCGAUGGACCGUUGGACCAACUGCCUGUUGGUCCGAUGGACCGGUUGGACCAACUGGCCUGUUGGUCCGAUGGACCGGUUGGACCAACUGGCCUGUUGGUCCGAUGGACCGGUUGGACCAACUGGCCUGUUGGUCCGAUGUGGCGGGGACCGGUUGGACCAACUGGCCUGUUGGUCCGAUGGACCGGUUUGGACCAACUGGCCUGUUGGUCCGAAUGGACCGGUUGGACCAACUGGCCUGUUGGUUCCGAUGGACCGUUUGGACCAACUGGCCUGUUGGUCCGAUGGACCGGAUGGACCAACUGGCCUGUUGGUCGAUGGACGCGGAUUGGACCAACUGCCUGUUGGUCCGAUGGACCGGUUGGACCAACUGCCUGUUGGUCCGAUGGACCGGUUGGACCAACUGGCCUGUUGGUCCGAUGGACCGGUUGGACCAACUGGCCUGUUGGUCCGAUGGACCGGUUGGACCAACUGGCCUGUUGGUCCGAUGGACCGGUUGGACCAACUGGCCUGUUGGUCCGAUGGACCGGUUGGACAACUGGCCUGUUGGUCCGAUGGACCUGUUGGACCAACUGGCCUGUUGGUCCGAUGGACCGGUUAGGACCAACUGGCCUGUUGGUCCGAUGGACCGGUUGGACCAACUGGCCUAUUGGUCCGAUGGACCGGUUGGACCAACUGGCCUGUUGGUCCGAUGGACCGGUUGGACCAACUGGCCUGUUUGGUCCGAUGGACCGGUUGGACCAACUGGCCUGUUGGUCCGAUGGACCGGUUGGACCAACUGGCCUGUUGGUCCGAUGGACCGGUUGGACCAACUGGCCUGUUGGUCCGAUGGACCGGUUGGACCAACUGGCCUGUUGGUCCGAUGGACCGGUUGGACCAACUGGCCUGUUGGUCCGAUGGACCGGUUGGACCAACUGGCCUGUUGGUCCGAUGGACCGGUUGGACCAACUGGCCUGUUGGUCCGAUGGACCGGUUGGACCAACUGGCCUGUUGGUCCGAUGGACCGGUUGGACCAACUGGCCUGUUGGUCAGAUGGACCGGUUGGACCAACUGGCCUGUUGGUCCGAUGGACCGGUUGGACCAACUGGCCUGUUGGUCCGAUGGACCGGUUGGACCAACUGGCCUGUUGGUCGAUGGACCGGUUGGACCAACUGGCCUGUUGGUCCGAUGGACCGGUUGGACCAACUGGCCUGUUGGUCCGAUGGACCGGUUGGACCAACUGGCCUGUUGGUCCGAUGGACCGGUUGGACCAACUGGCCUGUUGGUCCGAUGGACCGGUUGGACCAACUGGCCUGUUGGUCCGAUGGACCGGUUGGACCAACUGGCCUGUUGGUCCGAUGGACCGGUUGGACCAACUGGCCUGUUGGUCCGAUGGACCGGUUGGACCAACUGGCCUGUUGGUCCGAAUGGACCGGUUGGACCAACUGGCCUGUUGGUCCGAUGGACCGGUUGGACCAACUGCCUGUUGGUCCGAUGGACCGGUUGGACCAACUGGCCUGUUGGUCCGAUGGACCGGUUGGACCAACUAG